AUGGGCCAAAUCCUAGAUUGUCAAAGCCUCCGAAGAGGGGUGCUAUCCCCACAGGAUGUUGCCCGUGUUGCAAGCGAGCGCAGUCGGCGCAAUGCGACAGGCGAGCCGUGGGCGCUCAUGGAACAGAAACGACAUAUUUUCGUGUUGAGAUGCAACCGCAAAGUCCUGCCCGUGAUGGCGAGCCAAGUUCACGUCUGCCGGAGAGGGACAGGGCCCUGGGUGGACUUUGUUGGCAAGUUACACUGCACUGUGCCACUGAUCAGGGACUUUGAGUGCUCUUUGGAUACACAACAUAAGCGCCGUUCAAGCUUCACCGAGCUGCCCAAGGACGGCCCAGACCGCCCCAGACCUCCCAGACCGUAA